AUGGAGUUAUUUAAUGCAGCUCUUGAGAAGAAUAUAACUUUUAUGCAUCCUCCUUAUUUUAUAAUAACUGGUUUAUCUGGAAUCCCAAAUAUAAAACAUUACUAUGUUUUUCUUUUUUUUGUUUACAUUGUGUCUGUGGUGGGAAACACAGUUGUGAUGGCUCUGAUAUAUGUGGAUCAUAAUCUAAGAACUCCAAAAUAUAUUGCAGUUUUUAACCUUGCAUUUGUUGACCUUUUUGGUAACUCUGCUUUGGUGCCGAAGCUUCUUGACACCUUCAUGUUCAACCAUAACCGCAUCUCCUACAAUGACUGCUUGGCUUACCUUUUCUUCUGUUAUACCUGCCUUUCAAUGCAGUCAUUUAAUUUAGCUGCAUUAUCCUAUGACAGACUGGUGGCUAUCAUCUUCCCCCUUCACUAUCAAGUGAAAGUAACCCAUAAGUUCAUGUUUUCUUUGAUUGCCUCUUUCUGGGUCUUUAUCAUAGUUGCUGUGCUUAUUGCAGUUGGUCUUAUAACAAGACUUUCUUUCUGUAAAUCUGUUAUUAUUAAUAGCUAUUUCUGUGACCAUGGUCAGAUAUACAGGCUUUCAUGUAAUGAUCAUUUUCCAAAUUAUGUCAUUAGCUGUUUCUACCCUGUUCUUAUUUUCUGGCUACCAUUGCUAUUUAUCUUAUUAAGUUAUCUAUACAUUGGAUAUGCUUUGACUAAAGUUGCCACUGUUCGGGAAGGGUUCAAAGCUUUCAAAACCUGCAUAGGUCAUCUUUUGUUAGUUGCAGUCUAUUUCAUCCCACUGUUAAUCACAUUUACCUUAAUGGAAAAAAUACAUCCAAAUGCUAGAAUUAUAAACCUAUCUCUGACCUCUGUCUUCCCCCCAAUGUUAAACCCAAUCAUUUAUGUACUGCAGACUCAAGAAAUCAAAGAGUCCAUCAAGAAAAUAUUAAACAUGAAAAGGAAAUGUAAAAUUGCAGUUGGAAAUGCAAAGAAAUAG